AUCAUCCUAAACCAUCUCAUUCUACCGUGUCUGUCUCCCAAACUGCCGCCUUUCUUGACGACGAGGAGUUUAGUGACUUUAUUCAGGGACCUGUUGAAACCCCGCCAUUCGUGCCUCCAACCUCCUCCCAGUCUUUUCAGUCUUACCAUCCUGUUUCUCAAGCUGGGCAGCGGCUUUCAGAGAAGGCUGCGGCCCACCCUCUCCCUCCAGGCCAGUUUCCUGUCACCUCCGUCCUCCAGGGUACCGUCGGACCGGUACCCUAUUUCUCUCCUCCUCCAGCUUCACAAAACACUCAGAAAACAGGCGUUGGAGUUUUUCCUUCCCAGGAUCCAAUCCAGCAAAUGAUGCCUCCAUGGAUUUACAACGAUAAUUUAAUUCCAGAUCUUUAUAAGAAGAUUCUGGAAACUACCAUGACACCAUCCGGGAUAGAUACCGGAAAACUCUAUCCGAUUCUGAUGUCUUCUGGGCUUCCCAGAGAAACUCUUGGACAAAUCUGGGCCUUAGCCAAUCGCACCACUCCAGGGAAGCUGACAAAAGAAGAACUCUACACCGUUUUGGCUAUGAUUGCGCUAACUCAGAGAGGAGUGCCAGCCAUGAGCCCUGAAGGUUUAAACCAGUUUCCUUCUGCCCCCAUCCCUACCUUAAGCGGGCUUCAGAUGGCCAUCCCUGUCACAGUCAGCCAACAGCCUUUGAUGCCUCCUGGGCCACCGGUUUCCAUGCCUCUUAAUAUAGGACCAACAGUGGUGGGGAUCAGCAUGGCAGCAACAGUGGGUGGAGCCACCACACAGCCUUCCAGCAGCUUCAUCCAACCUUUCCCUGCAAACCAGGUUGCAAAAACAGAUGAUGACGACUUUCAGGAUUUCCAAGAUGCAUCCAAGUCGGGGGGACUUGACGAUACCUUUACAGAUUUUCAAGGGGAAGCACCGGGAUCAAAGAAAACGUCAGCUGCACAGCAGCGGGGCAGUGCUCCUUCAAUGCUGAUACCUUUUUCAGGCCCCAAAGUGACACCUGCUGUGGAUAAAUAUGCAGUUUUUAAAGGGAUAGCAUCUGACAAGCCUGCUGAAG